AUUCGGCACCAAAACAUUUGUGGUUUGCAUCGACUUCCACUCAGUCACCACACUUCGUUCUGAAUCAACCGUCCUGGACCAUGCGACACCGACGAAAGAGCUCUCUGAAAUUAUGCCGUUAGCCCCUCUUGCCAUCUCCUCGCAAUCACGAAAGAAGCUCAAGAGUUUCGCUUUCGACGAGAAAUUGAUUGCAGCACAGGAGGACAAGGAAAACCACACUGUGGCAGAGACAGACACAAGAGAUGGGAGUGACGCGGGGGAGACCCCUGGUAUCAAAGAUUUCCCCGAUCGCAAUGUCCCUCACACACCUGCGGUUCGAAUUCCAUUUGAAGACCUCAUUGCAAAUACCGAAGACGCCUUCAACUGCGCUCCACCUCUAGCGACACCAAAGGAUCAUGUGUUGUGGGAUCCUCAUAGCUCUGACGUCUCUGGAGCUGCGACCGCGACGCAACGAAACAGAAAACGCGCUCAGAGCUCCUCACCCGCUUCUUCACAACAGUUUUCGGCGCAAAAGGAUGCCCUGAAUCUCGAGACGUUGAAUAGAUCACUGCGAACUCCCAACAAUGAUCCUACCCAAGAUCUCUGGAACCGAUACACGACGGCAAAUGCUCUGAAAGGCACCCAAGGCGAGCCGACUUUGCCCAACUACGCCCUGCUCCUUCCGUCUUCACCUCAAACACCUAGCACCACCGGCAAAGACAGUGGGUUGCGCCGGACGCAUAGUUGUGGAGUUGAGUGGCCCACAUCAAAAGCGAAGCGGCGCAGAAUUGAGACAAAUGCUCAGCAUGGCCGCACAAAAGAGCUUUUUGCGGCUUCUCGUAAAGAUAUCCUCCGUCGUGAUCUUUCCAACAACACUCGGGUGGGCCUGCUCCUCGAGAAGAUACAGGAAAGUCUGACCAAGAAGGCCAUAGCGGCAGACGAGAGUCCAUCAAGCUCCUCGCCACUCCCAGACAGACGCUCGCAGGCAGUCAUAUCGCCAACGCGACCCCAGAGCAGAAGUCGCUUGGAGCACGCUACGCAAACGCCGGAUGGCCUUCAUCCUGCACCAGUUGCGGCUCCAAAAGCGGCAACCUACCAAAAUAAGUCUUUCUCCUCGGAGUUUGAUGACGAUGGUCUUGAUAUGGAAGCUUUCGAGAGUUUGGAACAGGCACUUCUUGAGCAAGCGGCGGAAACAGGCGGGGGCGCCGGCGCCGCGAAGAACAAUCGGGACGUAGCCGCCACCGGUAUUCCUUCUCGAUCCAACGGUCUCGCGGUCUCACAGCAACCGAUCCUUGAUUCGGAGGCGCAUACAGAAUUUAAUCACUCUUCGGAUCAUGGGGAAGCACUACCAGCGGCUUCCGAGGCGCCAGCAGAUUUUGCUGAUGAAUUUGACGAUGAUGACGAGGAACUUAUGACUGCGAUGAUCGAUCUUGCUGCUCAGUACGACUCGCAGCGCAAGUCGCCCAACAAGAGGCAGACUCCGACUGGGAAGCCAACUUCAGAAGAAAAGGCUCAGUUCAAUAAACUGAAGACACUUGAUGAAUUUGACGAUGCUUUUGAGGAUGACUAUGAACUAUGGGAGGUUAUUGCAGACGCGACCUCGGUCAAGGCAGGAGAAAUGGACACAACGGAUUCUAACUCAGUCGAUAACAGAGCCAUCAAACGUUACCUGAUCAUUGAUGUGCUGGAAAGUUUAUAUGAGUACAAGCCUGGCCGCAAACGACCUGAAAAAAUGCUCUCCGUCAAGGAUGAAAAGACCGGCAUGCUGUACAUCGUCUACCUGCGAGAAUCUUGGUACGAUACUCGAUGCACCAAAGGUUCCUAUGUCCACGUCAUCGGGAAGUUCGAUCGUACUGGGCAGUGUAUUAUCGACGACGCCGAUAACAUGAUAAUCCUUCAUCCGGAUCAUCUCAUCUCGUCGACAGUCGUUGGGGAUUCUUUUACCUGUAUGCGACGCGCUGUGCUUCAAGACAGAGUGAAGGCCACUGGUGCAGCUACUCAACCACAAGUCUACGGCCACAUCCUGCAUGAAGUUUUUGGACAAGCGUUACGUAUUAACAAAUGGGACAUUGAGACCUUCAGAGGUAUCAUCGCCAAUGUCCUGCCAUCCUAUCUCGAAUCACUCUAUGAGAUAGGAGUCCGGGUACCAGAUGCUACGGAAUAUCUACUGGGGAAAGUUCCUGAAUUAACCGCGUGGGCAAGCGUCUUCGUGGGUGACACUUUGUCGCCAGAUGCUGUGGCUCGGGACCGGCAUGGUGUGCUUGUUCCCACCACGAUCAACAAACUGUUGGAGCUCGAAGAGCAUAUCUGGUCGCCAAAGUAUGGCCUAAAAGGGAACAUCGAUGCAACCGUACAAGCUCAGAUGAAGCUCCCAAAUGAUCCAUCGCCUAAGACUCUGCUGGUGCCAUUCGAGCUGAAGACGGGCAAGAGAGACAAUGUCGAACAGCAUCGGGUCCAAACAGCUUUGUACACGCUUCUCUUAUCCGACCGAUACGACAUCAAUGUCACAUGUGGCGUAUUAUACUACAUGGAAACUUCGAAGACAUUCCGCGUUGAAGGCGUCAGACAUGAGAUCCGACACAUGGUCAUUGAGCGAAACGAGCUGGCUUGUUACGUGCACGACAAGCUUGCAUUACCUCCAAUGAUCAAAAGAGAGCAUAUCUGCAAGAACUGCUAUUCCAAGCCGGCAUGUUUCAUCUAUCACAAGCUGUCCGAGGGCGGUGAUGCCGCCACCAGUGGACUAGGGGAGAAAUUCAACGAGGUCGUUGACCAUCUGUCUCCAACCCACCAGGUAUUCUUCAGCAAAUGGGACCAUCUUUUGACCCAAGAAGAACGUGACACGAUGAGAUUCCGCCGAGAGUUAUGGACGAUGUUGAGCGUAGAUCGCGAAGCUCUUGGUCGAUGCUUCUCAGAAGUCAUCAUACAGCCAGGAUCCGCCUUUGAGAAUCCCGAAAGCUCCAAGAUCAACAGAUUCGAAUAUACCUUCAUCAAGCAAAAGCCACCUUCUGGCUUUUCUUUUAUGGAUUCUCAGAUCACGAUAGGAGAACCGAUUGUAAUCUCCGACGAGAAAGGUCAUUUCAACUUCGCUGCAGGCUUCGUUACGAACGUACGGCCAACCCAAGUGGUGGUAGCUGUGGAUCGAAGGCUGCAACAUGCACACCGCACGAUGCAGGGAUUUGACCCAGUUGAGAACCAAAUCUUCUCAGGCGUCAUAGCUCCCGGGCCCAAUGUGACGUCUGAGACUGACUGUCCGAUCCUUUAUCGCAUUGACAAGGACGAAUUCGCCAACGGAAUGGCGACAGCUCGCAACAACAUCCUUCGCAUGAUGGAAAAGGAUCUCUGGCGGGCAAGGGAACUUCGACAACUGAUCAUUGAGAACAAGCCUCCCGAGUUCAAGGUCACGUCCACGAUGUCCACAUUGACCGGCCCAGCUUCUCAGACCAAUCUUAACGUUGAUCAGCGGAGAGCUAUCGAGAAGGUGAUGAGUGCGAAAGACUACGCCCUUGUUCUGGGCAUGCCGGGCACGGGCAAGACGACGACGAUAGCUCAUAUUAUCCGUGCUCUGGUAUCACAAGGCAAGUCGGUUCUGUUGGCAUCCUACACACAUACUGCUGUCGACAACAUUCUCCUGAAGAUCAAGGAUGACAAGAUACCUAUCUUACGCAUUGGCGCUGUCAAUAAGGUGCAUCCUGACAUUCAGUCCUUUGCGCAUAUUUCAGGAAUUCCCAAACGCACAACGGAGGAGCUACACGACUCCUGGCACAGCACGAAAGUGGUGGCAACAACCUGCCUUGGAGUCAAUCAUGGCAUCUUCAAUGCUCGCACAUUUGACUACUGCAUUGUAGACGAGGCUUCUCAGAUCACUCUGCCGGUAUGCCUUGGCCCUAUCCGAAUGGCACGCACUUUCAUCCUUGUCGGCGAUCAUUAUCAAUUGCCGCCACUGGUACAGAACAAGCAAGCUUUGGAAGGUGGACUCGAUGUCAGUCUUUUCAAACUACUCUCUGAUGCCCAGCCAGAUUCAGUUGUAAACCUAGAACACCAAUAUCGAAUGGCGGAAGAUAUUAUGCUGUUGUCAAAAGAGCUGGUCUACAUUGGACGGAUCAAGUGUGGCAACGACGCUGUCGCAACUCGAACGCUGCAAAUUCCCAACGUCGAAGCCGGACUGGCUAUGCACCACUACACUGCGUCGACGUUACCAAAAUCAAGUCAAUCAGUCUGUGUCGGUGAUACUGGCUGCUGGCUUCGGCGUGCACUUUUGCCCAGCUCCCGCUGUCUGUUUCUGAACACUGAUACGAUCGUCUCAGGAGUAUCCGGACGGGAAGCUGUCUCGGGGGCACGAAUAACUAAUAGCUGCGAGUCGAAACUGACGGCUCAGCUUGUCACUACCCUUAUACACUCGGGAAUUGCUCCUCGCUCUGUUGGCGUCAUCACCUUCUAUCGCUCGCAACUCGCCCUGAUAAGGUCAGACAUCAAAGCGGCAGCAGGAUCUAUCGCUGCAGAUAAAGUGGAAGCGCACACGGCGGACAAGUACCAAGGUCGAGACAAGGAGAUCGUGAUUCUCAGUUGUGUCAGAAGUAACGAGAACAGUCAUGUGGGAGAUCUGCUCAAAGACUGGCGAAGAGUCAAUGUGGCCGUGACCCGUGCCAGGAGCAAGCUACUGGUCCUCGGUAGUAAACGUACCUUGAAGGGCAGUGGAGUGCCCAUCCUUGAGGGCCUGACGAAAAUCAUGGAUGACAAAGGUUGGGUACUUGACUUACCUGCCGGUGCUGUGGAGUCGCACUCGUUUGAGAGCAUGAACAUUGCUACUCAGAAGAGUACAGCAGGUUAUUGUGAUGCCGAGAGAUCCCACGACAAAUCAUCCGCGCCUGCAAAGAGAAAGCAAUGGAUGAUGAAAAGUGCUGGGAACCACAGUCCGAAUAAGCGAAGCACUUUCAGAAAAGCCGACAAAAUUGUGCGUGGGAGCGCGAUCGUCGGCGACGUACAGAGGCUGGUGGAUAAGAACCCUGUGCUUAGAGACGUGGUACAUGAUCUCCAGGGCAAUGAACAAGUGGGAAAGGAGAAUAUGGAUGUGAAUAUGAUGGAUGAAACGGACAUGAUCAUGGAUAUGGAUGCUGAUUUCGACUCGACGGAUCUUGGGAUAUACUGAGCUCAAACAAGCAGAUGGGCUUUUCUGGACUAGCAUGCGCGACGGACUACUAUGCAUCGACACAUAUGAUAUCGGU